AUGAGCGUUGUUUGCCCAUGGCAGACUCCUCGCCAAUGGCUGCACGGCUGGCUGCUUGUGAUUUUGACGCUCGAUGCUGCGCGUGAUCUUUGUGCCGCACACUGCGAGCGAGAUCCGGAGCUGGCGCAGCUGUCCCGGACUGAAUUGGUGCAGGUGUGGUCCGCCGCUGUGCGACAUGAGGACGCAGCGGAACUUUUGGAAGGCGGGGUUCCGGCCCCCCCUGGGCCGAGCGGUUGCCUUGAAGCUCGGUGGCUUGCACCCCAAAACCGCAGCUGCUUGGCGGAGGCCGUGCGGCCAGCAGCGGGCUCUGGCUCCUGGGCCGCAAUGGUGGUUUUGCUCACGGGCAAGGUGGGCGCGGCCACGGUGUUGGCCGCACAGCUGAGCUGGCUGCAGAAGUGGCCGAUGGUGCUGGUGACCUGGCAGGGCGAGGUCUCUGCAGACCACUGGCUGCGAUUGCCUCACUCCCGGGUGCAACUGGUGGAGGUGCCUCCCGUCCAAGUUUGGCCGGCGCUGACCAGCUCCAAGGCACAAGACGUGUUGCUGCGCAGAGGGCUGCAGGUGUUGGAAUCUCAGUGGCCCAUCCCUUUGGAUGUGCUGGUCCUGAAGAGUCGGCCAGACGUGCUGCUGCCAAGGGGUGGAGCAUGUCUUCGGCCUGGACUACAGCGUGCCACGGGAGCUGGUGGGCAAGCCCUUCCUGCGCCGCAUUUGGGCCCCUUGGCUUGA